AUGGAAAAUGAUCCAGCAGUGUAUAGCAGCAAUGGACCUGCCUCCCAUCAGGUAGAAAAGGAAGCAAACUACUCUGGAGAAAAAGGGCCAGGUCGAAAUUCUAUUCCUAGAUCAGAUGAGGACUUAAACGAAAAAGAGACAGAAGAUAUUCCGCCAGAUGGAGGAUAUGGUUGGGUCUGUGUUUUGUGUGCUGGUCUAAUUAAUGCCAACACUUGGGGUGUCAACAGUUCAUAUGGCGUUUUUCUCUCUUAUUAUUUAGAGAACGGUAUAUUUCCGAAUACAAGCCCCAUUGAAUAUGCCUUCACUGGAGGCCUGAGCAUGUCUUGCUGUCUUCUCAUCUCUCCAUUGGUUACUCAUAUGGUGCAUUUAUAUGGAAACCGAGCAGUCCUUAACUUCGGUGUCAUUCUUCAGACGCUCUCCUUUAUUGGGGCAUCGUUUGCGACGCAGAAAUGGCACAUCUUUCUCUCGCAAGGGGUGUGUUUCGGUUUUGGAAUAGGCGUGAUCUUUGUCACCUCUGUGAGCAUCAUACCUCAGUGGUUCCGGCGUAAGAGGAGUAUUGCCAACUCACUUGCUGCCGCCGGCUCUGGUAUAGGAGGGCUAUCAUAUUCCCUUGCGGCUGGCUCGCUGAUCCCAAAAGUCGGCUUAGGAUGGACCUUUCGCGUUCUAGGUCUAUGUUCAUUUGCCAUGAACUUGAUCGCUUCAAAUCUGAUGCGAGACCGCAACAAAGCUAUCGGUAGCAGAUACCGCGCCUUUCACUUCCCAUUGCUCAACCGGCCCGAGUUUCUAUUUCUUCAAGCAUGGGGAAUGCUGUCCCUGCUGGGUUAUGUUGUCAUAUUGUUCAGUCUACCUAACUUUGCUCUUUCAAUCGGGCUAUCUCAGAAGCAAGGCAGCAUUGCUGGCGCAUUAUUGAACCUCGGUCAAGCCCUCGGGCGUCCAGUUGUGGGCCUCGUCAGCGAUAGAUACGGUCGAUUCAAUAUGGCUGUCCUAUUUACUUUCUUCUGCGGCUUUCUUUGCUUAGCGGUCUGGAUACCAUCUUCGAAUAUGGUUGUGCUCUCCUUUUUCGCCAUCAUAGUGGGCACCGUCGCCGGUACUUUUUGGACAACAAUUGUCCCCGUCUGCGCGGAGGUAGUCGGCAUGCAGGAGCUUCCUGGUGGCCUGAGUCUUACCUGGGUGGCUAUGGUGCCUGCAACAACGGUAGCCGAACCAAUUGCCCUCGUCCUUAGGCAUGGCUCGGGGUCUACAGGUUCCUAUACCUAUGCACAAGUCUUUACGGGAAUUGUAUAUGUGGCUGCAGGUUUGUUUUUGCUGGUGGUUCGCGGUUGGAAAAUCGGUGAUAAUGAGAGGAUAGCAAAAGCCGCAGUCAAUAGCAAUUCAGGGGAGGCAUCGUCUGGUAGAGUAUUCACAACAGCCCCUACCGCUGCUAUGGAUGAUCCUAUCACCGGCUGUGCGACAGUUGUGCCAGUCAUGAGUCGUCCAGACAAUGAUCCUAGGUAUCCAUCUACAUCUUCCGUCGUGGAGGUGAAGCUUUGGUCUCCUCUACCUCUUGCUCGACGAAUGGUAGCCUGGAAGCUGGUCUAA